UUACACAAGCUUCAGACCUCCUGGAUAGACUUCAGACAUGUGGAUUGUUUCUUUCCUGGGUCGACAUAACAUGGAGGCUUUACAGGUUCAAAAUGACAACUUGUUAAGCAAAGUUUGAACUCGUUGAGUGUUUAUUUAUUAUUUGUGAAAAGUGAAAGUAGGCUGAAACCUUGGCGCCGCCAUGCCGGGGAAUGACGGAGUAUACGCGGCGAGGAAGAGGAAGAAACCCGCUGCGAACAUUGAGAAGCCUCCGACUGGGAAGACCAAUCCAUCCAAACGCCACCGGGACCGCCUGAAUACAGAGCUGGACCAUCUGACCAGCCUGCUGCCUUUCUCAGAGGAGGUCAGAGGUCGUCUGGACAAACUGUCUGUGCUCCGGCUCAGUGUGGGAUACCUCAAGGUCAAGAGUUACUUCCAUGCAGUACUCCAAAAGAACGUGAGGCCACCUGCUCUUCUCUCUGCAAACGGCAGAAAUGGACAUCCUGUGUCACUGGAUGGAGUCAGUUUCUCAGAGGGAGAACUUCUUCUCCAGGCUUUAAAUGGUUUCGUGUUGGUUGUGACGACCGAUGGCACAAUCUUCUACACAUCCCCGACCAUCCAGGAUUUCCUGGGCUUCCAUCAGUCCGAUGUGGUCCACCAGAGUGUGUACGAUCUCGUUCACAUGGACGACAGAGAGGUGUUCAAAUGUCAGCUCCACUUCGCACUCAACCCGAGCGAGACCAACUCAGACAUGAGAGCACAGGAUGGGCUGUCACGCAGCUCUGUGAGCUUGGUGCCUCAGUACGUCCCUCCAGAAAACUCUUCUUUCCUGGAAAGAAGCUUCUGCUGUCGCCUUCGCUGCCUCCAGGACAACACGUCCGGAUUCCUGACUUUAAACUUCAACGGACGUCUGAAGUACAUGCAUUUGCAGGGAAACAAAGAGGCUGAUGGGACUUCGGCUCCCCCUCAGCUGGCUCUGUUUGCCAUCGCCACACCUCUGAAUCCUCCUUCAGUCAUGGCGAUCCGGACUAAGACCCUCUUCUUCCAGACUAAACACAGAAUGGACUUUGCUCCUUUGGGCAUCGACACCAGGGGGAAGCUGGUUUUAGGAUAUUCAGAGGUGGAGUUGGUCACACACGGUUCUGGCUAUCAGUUUAUCCACGCUGCUGACAUGAUGUACUGCGCUGACAACCACCUCAGGAUGAUGAAAACUGGAGACAGUGGCUUCACGAUCUUCAGGCUGCUGAUCAAAACAGGACAGUGGUUGUGGGUUCAGGCCUCCGCCAGGAUAGUUUUCAAGGACGGGAGACCGGACUUCAUCAUCGCUCGUCAGAAGGCCCUCACAAAUGAAGAAGGAGAGGAACACUUGUACCAGAGAAGAAAGCAGCUGCCCUUCAACCUGGCCACCGGUGAGGGCGUCCUGUACGAUAUUUCUCUGGAUGCCUUCUCCAUGCCUGGUCUUGCUUUCUCCGGUGCACCGGGCAUGACAGAGCCCACAACAGAGAAACCUUUGGACCCAGCCUCCAUCCUGGGAUCCCUUCGCCGGCAAGACCACUCUGUUUACACCCAGCCGCAGAAACCCAGCCCCCAGCUCCCAAUCUUCACCCAAACAGAGGACUCUGAUUUCGAACAACCCUUGGAACAGGCCUUCCUGGACAGCCAUGCGCUGCUCAGUGUGCCGGGCCAGAUACAGGUGUCGCAGAAGAGGUUUAUCACAGAGGACCUCACAUCGAAAGCCAUGAUUGAGUCGUUGGAGCAGAUUUUGGGGGAUAUCGGCGAUGGAAGGAUGGAGGGUCUUGAAGUUGAGGAGAAGGAGCUGAGGGACUGGGAGAACACCAUCGUCAGGAUGAAUAACGAGAGGGAAGACACAUCAAGGGAACUAAAUCACAUCCUGGCCAAUGACGUGUUCUCAUAUGUGGAGGAGGCUCUGAGGAGAGAGACUGGUGCUGGGGAUGUGCAGGGUUCGGAUCAGACUGGGGCUUUUGUUUCUGGCAACAGAUUAUCCAUUCAAGUACAGCAUCCUGGUCAGUGGCAACCAAUGACGGACAUGAAAUCAGGAUUUGCAGAGCAGACUCUGUUGGGGGAGGAGCUCUGUGAUGUUGGUAGUUCAACUGGACUCAAAGAAGCUUUUCAAGGUGACUCUCACAGGGUGGCACACACACCGACACCCACACAAUUUCAUAACACUCACCAGGGACACACCUCUCUUCUGUGGCCUCCCAGCAGCAGCAGCAAUCGCCUCUGUGGCAACCAGAUGGUUUCAACACAGUCCUGCUAUGCUGUUCAUUCGCAGCCUGAUGUGACACAACAGUCUUGGCAUCUGUCUGCACAAAACACCAACAAUAUCCACAGCAGCCAUCAAUCUUGCUCUGAGGUGACAGACCAAAGCGUACGAUAUACUCUAAGCCAGCCCGGUUUACAGCAGACUUAUGUGGGGCCGCAGCUUCAGAGCCCUUCACUGUGGCAACAGCAGCAGCUGCCGCAAAGUUUUCACCAUCACACCACCACAAUGGCCGCGUCCCGUCCAGACACUGCAGCCGGGGUCAACAAACAGGACAUGAUGCAGUCGUCCGGUCCCAACGCUCACGUGGCUGCCUGUAAAGAUGUGGGCAACAUCAGUUUGGUUCGUCUGAGUGGAGACAACGCUGGGCUGGGAGCAGCUCGGUCAGAAUAUCCUCCUGAAAAUGGAUCAUUACAGUCGACGUUCUUCUGUUAGAACGGUGAAACUCAGAUUCCCGAAGUUGCCCUGAACGGUGUUGUUGACCCGUUUGCCUUCCCUGCUCUUCCCACUGGGAGCAUCAACCUUUCCCAAAACACCGACCCAUAGAUGAUUGGAGUAUAUUUGACCGACAGAUAAGCACAGCACUUCUGAGAUUAUUCCUAUAAACAAACAGAGAAAUGAUGCAGAGUUUCCCAUUUUGGAUAAUUAUAUUUUCAAGAUGUUGUGUAUGGCCAAGAAAUAUGAACCUUCUUAUUUAAAACAAAAACAUUUUUGCUACAUUGAAGACUUUUGCUGAUAAAACUUGUGCAAGUUGUGAAGUGUCCUGCCAGGAGUGUGAGGAAUAAAGGACCAUUUUAAUCAGUUUA